AUGUCCGAAGUCUCAAGCCCGUCUGUAGCAAUGUCGUCGCAACAUCUCGCCCACCUGUCUCCGUUCCUGAAGCUUACUACCGUCACGACUCCUCUCUCACCACAUCGUCAAGUCGAGUGCAAGACAAUUGAUGGCACCUCAAUUGUAGGCUGGCUAUACAUGAUCGAUGAUGGACCCGCACCGGCUAUCAUCAUGUCACACGGCUUCAAUUGUGUGAAAGAGAUGGCCCUCCCAGACGUUGCCAAAGCAUUCCACGAGCGAGGCUACAACGUCUUUCUAUAUGACGCUCGCAGCGUUGGAGCCAGCGGUGGAUCGCCGCGUAAUCUCCUCGACCCUCUUCAACUGGCUGAAGAUGUAUCUGACAUUUACACCUUCGUCUCAGAGCUAAAAAGCGUCGAUUCGCGUCGCAUAUUUCUCUGGGGCCUGUCAUUUGGUGCGACAGUGAGCGCCUGCUCUGCGGCUGUUGACCGCCGGCCCAAGGCAGUCGUCAUGGUUUGCCCUUUGUUCAGCUAUGUGCAGCCACACAAAGCGGACAAGGCCUAUGCGCUGCUCAUAAAGGAUCGCGUGUCACAGCUGAGGAAAAAUGAGCCGCUCUCAAUAGCCCCGUUCACGCCCCAGGGAGACAAUUUAAUCGGCAUGGGAGGCGCUGGAGGUCCUGGUGGCAUUGAGGCGUACAAUUUGAUGAAGGGCGCAUCCGAAUUAGGUCAUCCUGACUUUCGCGACCGUGUGACGCUCCAAACCUACCAAAAGCUGGCCAUGUUCCGACCAAUGGAAUAUAUGAACAUGAUCAAAGUGCCAGUAAUGAUGAUAAUUCCUGAACUGGACGAUCUAUCACCCGUCUCGGAACAGAGGGAGGCUUUGUCGAGGGUGCAAAGUCCUAAGCGGGAGUAUUUCGCAAAGGGCAAAGGUCAUUUGAACGUUGUUACGGGGGACGGAUCAACCGAGAUGGUGGCAGCGACUGUUGAUUUCCUCAGGGCAGUCCUCGAAGGCACACUGGAGUGA